UUGCUGUCAUGAAGUAUUAAUAAGCUAUUCAUUUGAAAUCAGUUGCUUCUGCAUCUCGUGUGUGUGUGUGUGUGUGUGUGCGUGCGUGCGUGCGCACACUGGGGGUCAUGCCAACAUGGGAGGGACCGGACCGUCAAGUGGCCAGCUCUCAAGCCCGCUCGCCCGCCCACCGCGCGCCACUCCACACCGGGAUCAGCGCGUGAGGAUGAUGCCAGCCAGAGAUAGAUGGAUUGGCGAGGGAGGGGGGGAGAAACCUGCACAGUGACACAACUCGAGUAAAGAGGAGGCGGCUGAUGAGUGAGAGUGAAAACUGAGAGAGAGUUAACGGAACAAAAGGGACCAAUAAAGAGGUACGGGAAAUAGCCGGAGACCCGCUGCUGCCUGGUUCAUUUCUGCACUGAUGUCCGAGGCCCGCCCGGUGCCAGCUGAAGACACUCGACCGAGGCAGAGCGCAGAGGGACGGCCACUGUGAGCGGAAAAGCUUUGGUGGAACGGACACAGCUGGAGCUCUUCACAGUGACUGAGACUCUAUGCAAGGACACUGCAGCUCAUUCUUUUUACUAUUAAAGCAGAAGUGGCUGCAUCCCGUAAUAAACCAGUGACCUGUUUUGCUGUCCAGUGAUGGAUUCCCCCACAGAUCUUUUCGGUGACUCUGCUUCCCAGAUACACGCAUUUGCUCCCACUCACAGCUCCACAGAUCUCCCUGGAGUUCAUCCUCAACCCAGUGCAGGUCGCCCUCCUCCGGCCUUUAGACCCCCUGGAUUCCCGCUCAUCCACCACCUCCUCCAGCCAGGUGGAACCCCCAGGAGGAUUGGAGGGCAGGUCAACACAAGCCUUAGCACACACAGACACCUGGAAGACAGAAAUUUGGAGGAAGACCGAGGAGAGAGGGGUGGGCAGGUGGAGCAGGGCAUUGAAGAAGGAGAGGAAGGAGUGCUGGAGGGAGAUGACGGCUUGUUGGGAGUUAAGAAGAGGCAUGGUGAUGCCGCCCUUGCCGCCGAGUGGGGUCAAGACGUCUUGAAAGUGAAGAGGAUGAAACUGGAGAGCCGACCACGAGAUGGAGAGGCAGAGGAGGGAGGCAGGAGGCGCCAGGGAGGGAGGGAGGGGAAGAGAAGAGAGAGGGAGGAGCUGAAAGAACAGCUAGAGGAGGCAAGAGAGAGACUGCAGGCCUUGCAGGAGAAAGUGUGGAGGGCUUUUGGGGAAAAGCACAUGGCAGAAGAGGAGGAGGAGAAGAAAAGAAGGGGCAGCAACAGAGGAGGAAGAGAUGGAGGGGAAGGAGAUGUGGGGAUGAUGGAGGAGGAGGAGGACAUUACGGAAGGGAUGUAUGAUGAAGACGACAUCGAUGGUGGAGAGAUGGAGAAGGAAACGUUCUCCCUUCUUUCUGUCUCUCCAUUUGACAACUUCCACAAACGGAGAGAGGAGAGGCAGAAGGACAGAGAAGGGAGGAUGGAGAGAGGGACAGGAGGAGGCUUGCACUUGGAGGGGGUGAUGGAGGGAGCAGGGUUGUGGUUGGACUGUGGGGGGCUGAUGAGGGGAGACUGGCAUGGAGGGGUAGAAGACGAGGGCGAGGAGGGAGGGCAGAAGUUUGCCCAGGCGCUGAAGCUGGAGUUGGGCAGCGCCGUGGCACGAGUCAUCGAUCGCGUUCUCCGCCUUUACACCGAGAUGACCGAUUUCGCUCCUUCCUCUCCUCCUACCGCCAUCUCCUUCCUCCCAUCUGACGCAGGGAACGACGGAGGGAGGGAGAGGGGAGUGUGGAUGGGACUCCUGACGAGAGGAAGAGGGGAGGAGAAAGUGAGAGGUAAGGAGGAGAAGAUGGGGGCGCAGGAUGGAGAACGAGAGAAGCAGCUCCAAAAAAUGAGCAACGGGAGCGCCCUGCCCCCGGGACAGCCUCAUCGCACUGAAGCAUCAGAUCUGGCGAUGCCAUUGGCUGUUCAAAGGUCAGCUGACAUACGAAAAGCUCACCCUCUCCUUGGCCCACCUCUCUCCACUCACCUAAAUCCCUCUCACCCAAACCUCUCCCUCCAUCACCCAUCUCUACCUCGCCCACCUCCUCUUUCUCAUCCUCCCCUCUUGCCUGCAGCCUCCCAGCCCAAGGACCCUUCCUCCGCCUCCUUCCACCCAUCCUCCUCCUCCUCCUCUUCUUCCACAUCUUCCUUCCCCGCUCCCCCUCCACCUCCGCCUCCUCCGCCUCCCCCCCUCCCUCUGCCACUCCUGCACUACUCCAUGCAGCAGCUCUUCUCCCGCUCCCUUCACCACCCUCAGCUCCACCACCUCACCCCGUCCCGCAAGGACUACCUGAACUCCGACCCUUUCUUGGAGUUCUCGUCUCACCCCUCGGCUCACCCCUCUUUCCCACCGCUCCCCUUGCUCGGCCACCUGGACCCCUCCCUUGUACGCCACGCGCACGGAGGCCGAGAGAGGGAGAGAGGCAUGAGGGGGGACAGCGGGAUGAGAGGAGGGGGAGGGAUGGACGGAGGAGAGCUCUAUCUUACGGGGGGAACCCAGGAGGGCUUGUCUCCCUGCCACCUGAAGAAAGCCAAGCUCAUGUUCUUUUACGCUCGCUAUCCCAGCUCCAACACACUGAAGACUUACUUCCCUGAUGUCAAGUUUAACCGCUGUGUGACCUCCCAGAUGAUUAAAUGGUUCAGUAACUUCAGAGAGUUCUUCUACAUCCAGAUGGAGCGCUUUGCACGACAGGCUGUCCGCGAGGCUCUCGCCCGGGAAGGUACACCUCGUCUGGGCAGAGAGGCUCAGCUUCGAGUGGGUCGUGACACAGAGCUUUACCGCAUACUGAACAUGCACUACAAUAAAAGUAACGUCUACCAGGUCCCAGAGAGGUUCAUCGAGAUAUCUGAGGUGGCUCUGAGGGAGUUUUACUCAGCCAUUUGGACUGGGAGAGACAGCGACCCCUGCUGGAAAAAAGGGAUAUAUAAAAUUGUCUGUAAGCUUGACAGCCCUGUACCAGAUGCCUUCAGACUGCCUGGUUGUCCCGUCGGCUGAUGAUCGAACCACCAUCAUCUGGUACACGUGUACAAAUGCACAAAAGCAUGCAUAAAGAAAAAAACGUACCGAAACUUAGUAGGGAAUUGUGUUAAAACAUUCACAAACUGUACAAUUCCACACUGUAUGAAGUCAUAUGAGGACAAUUCAGUUUGAUUAGUUUCAUUUAUAAUUAAUUUUGUUGAAAAAAAAACUUGAUUUAAGUUAAGGAAAGGAUUUGGUUUGACAUAGUUUGCAGGGAAAGACACACGUGCUUAAAUGGACAGACACACUCAGUGCUGUGAGAAGUCUUGUGACUGCACUUAUCGUGGAACGUGACCGUACCAUUGAAUUCAAACGGACAGAGCAGGAAUUUCCUUUUCCAAACAUUCUUCACCAGUCAGGUGACUUGUGAAAUCACAGUGCUGCUACACCGGUUUGAAAAGAAGCAAAAAUCGCUGCAGCCACAGAGCUGGAAUUGACUAAAAUAUGCAGAUUUUCUGUGUUCUGUUACUAUAAGAUGGCACCAUGCCCUGACUACACAUCGUUCAUUCAUAAAAAUAUGAUAUGCAUUCCCUGAUAAACCCUUUAAAUUGUCGUUUUAGAUUAUUGUAAAUUCUAUGCAUCCCUUCGGUUAUCAAAAGUACCGCUGACAUCUGUUUACCAAGCACAAGACACUGCACAAAGACAUGUUUCAAAUACUUUCAGACAAAGAGUCCACAACCUCGGUCCAUACCAGGUUUCUCAGAUUAGGUGCCCCAUCGCCUCUUUCACUGUGAGCAGAAAGCAGUGUUCCUACUAAAGCUCCAGCUCCCUGCUUAAAGAAAAAGCACUAAUUUCAAAGUGUAAUCAUUAGUCGGCAUUUUGGACUCUACCUUUAAAGAAACAGUAACAAAACAGUACAAUCCAUUUUGCCCAGAACUGUAGGAUUUUAUCCACCCGUAGAUUUAGCAAAGAAGUCAUUCUCUUCAUACUUUGAACACUGGUCAGAAAAGGCGUCCUUUUGCUGGAGGCUCAACAUUUACAUUUUACAGCUUUCUUGCUGGCUGCUAAAUAGUAUCUUUAAUAGAUAUUUGUCAUGCACCAAUAAAUAAUCAUUAGCAGCCUUGCAUAAACAGCUGCCAGCUAUCACACCUGAACAUUUCAGUGCCGCUCUCCCUCACGGGGUGUUCACGGUUUUACAUUGUUCACUACAAAUGAACUGUUAUUGUUGCCUUGCACGUGGGCUUCUUCUCUUCUCUAUUUUUUUUUUGUUCCGCUUUUACAUUUUAGAUAUUAUUCCACACCUGUGAUGACGCUUUCCUCGACACAAGGUUGUCAUGUUUGACUUCAUCUGACGUUUGUAUCCACGAGAGAAAUCAGGCUCGGAAAAGACCAAUCGUAAUUAAUGUUACACAACAUAUUAGAACUGUUUGGUUAAUUGUUUAAGAUUUUAAAAAAAGGGGAAAAAAAGGAAGUUGCCCUUUUUUAGAGAACCAUCAGGGCUUUGGUUUCAGUCAUUUGAUUUCUUUUGCUCGUAUCUCUUUGUU